UAUUGACAGUUCAUUGGUCCUAACACUGAUUUCAUGUAAAAUAAUUUUAAUUUCUUUAUGUGUAAAACUGGUUGCAUACUUCCGACAUAUCCACUAAUAAAUUUUAAAACACAAAAGUAGUGAAAAAAGAACAUAAAAAGAAUCAAUUAAACUAAACCGUGUCGUCACUUCAGUUUUCUUAGGUUUUUCAGUGCCGCAUGGUGCUGCAGCAUUUCUGUAUCAUGGCAUUUCUUAGAGCAAGACAUUGAUUAUAAAUAUUCCUAUGUAAUUAUUAAUCAAUGAGCAAGACGAGCUACCAAAUGUAUAAUGGCUGAUGCACAAGUGUGCAAGCCAAAUAAAGUAGAAAGAAGAAUUGAAUAAUAAACCCUCCACAACGUUCUUUUUAAAUCAUAGCUAAGUAAUUGUACGAAUUGUAUUAAUUAUUAAUAUAAAACCGAAAUUAGCUACACCAAGCAAUUACUGACGACACCAUGGCUGAAAUUGUAGAAGGCAGAAUGGAAUCCAUGACAGAGAUACAAGAAAUGCGCAGACUUAAACUAUUCUCAAUUAUAGAAACGAAGGAUAUUAUAAAAAAACGAAAAGCUUUUGAAUGCAAGCUUAAUGGGGUAGAGAAAAAUUUGCAACAUUUUAAGGACUACAUAAAUUAUGAACUCUCCUUAUUAAAAGACAUAAAGUUAAGAAGAAAGAAAUUAAAAAUAUCAGAAAAUAAAGACAAGAUAGAAAUAAGAAUCCUAAAUAAUAUAAAAAGUCGAUAUGAAAUAGCCUUACAGCGAUUUACAAAUGAAAUGAAUUUUCAUCUUGAAUAUUUCAAAUUUUGUAGAGAGUAUAACUUUCAUCAAGCUGCAUGUUUGUGUGUCCAGAAUAUGAUUAAAGCUUAUGCACAUGUUCCUGAUAUUUGGCUAGCUGCAGCAGCCUAUUACGUCUCCCGCGAUACUAAGCAAUCUUUGGCUCUGAUACAUAAAGGUAUCGCAAUUCAUCCCAGUUCUCAAGCACUACAGUUAGAAGCUAUUCAACUAGAGCUUUUACAAAGACAAGAAAAUCAGUAUCCUAGCGAUACUCAAUGCGAUACCCUAGAUGACGCCUAUUACAAAAAAAUAGAACAAUAUAUUGAUGCUGUAGAAAAAAAUAUUCACGACCAUGCUUGUUUAAUUAGCAUAUUGAAUAUAUUAGAUCCACAUAACUUUACUGAAAAAAUUCAGCACAGAAUUAUAGAAUUGUUGAUGUCUAAAUAUUCCAAUGAACCAGAUGUAUGGCAUUUUUUGGCUGAAAGAGAACAAAACGGAAAACACUAUCCUGUGCCAGAUGAGCUUAGAACUUCAACAAAAUUUAAAUUACAAAGGUUGAUAGAUAAAUACGAACUCGGAUUAAGAAAAAUUAGCAUUGAAAAGAAAGUUGCAUUGUGGACAUAUUACCUAGAUUUUUUAAUAGAACUAAAUGAACUGAAAGAUAUAUCAAACCAUAUGAUUAAGAGUACUUUAAAGGAAAAGCUUCAAGAUGCUAAACGGGAUUCAGUAUUGAAUGAAAGGUACUAUCUGACUUGGGCAAAAUUGUAUACAGAGGAAUCAGACAUAUUGCGAAUCAUUGAGGAUGGUUUAGCUGCUCUUCCUAAUUCAUUGGCACUGUGGAAAAAGAAGUUAAUAUGCAUGACAAUGCGAGAUGAUGUAAAAGCAUUAAAUGUAGAAUUUAAAAAGGGGCAUAUGGCACUCAAAGAAAACUCUACUCCACUCUGGAUAAUUCUUAUAAAAUAUCAUCUCUUGAAUUCACCAGAAAAAGUUGUUGAAACUAUCUACAGAGACGCUUGCCACCAACAUGGGUCAAUAGCUAAUGAAUUCAAGGGUGAUUUUGUUGAAUGGGCUGCCCUGAAUAAAGGUAUUGAAGAUACAAGAAAGGUUUACCAAGACUUGGCUUUUCGAUCUCCAUUUUGUAAGGAUUUACAUAUAAAAAUGGCUAAACUUGAAGAGACAGAACUAAUCGUAAGUGCCAAAGACAUGGAACAUCCUCUUAAUCUAUUAUGCAAGCAGUUUGGAAAAGAUGAUCCCGAUUGUUGGAUUGCCUUAAGAGAUUGUUACUUAAAUCAUCAAACUCUGUUUGAAAACGCUUAUCCAGCGUUUAAUAUUAACACCAAACUUGCUCAGAUUAGAACAGAGGCUCUUAAAUCUAUAGGAGAUAGUGGACCAACUAAAGCUGAAUUUUUAGCUAAAUAUGAUACUGCUUCAUUUAGUUCAUAAAUUUCAUGAACAGUGAAUAAAUUUAUGAAGUUAAAACAA